CUCCGUUGCACACUUUUGGAAGGGCUAUUUCAAGAAAUGUAGCAAUUGUGAAAAAUGCAACAAGAAGACUACGGUAAGUGUCAGGCUCCUCCUCAGACUGCACGCGGAACAUUGAUGUGGAAACACUUCACUUGCUGGAAAAGCCUCAAGUAAAAGACAACAGCGAAGUCUGAGAAGCUGACGUUGUUUAAAAUGUCUGAAGACGCGAAGAAAUUCUCUUCAUUCGACAAAGGUAUCAAUUUGGUGUCAAAACCAAGCGAUCUCGAUGAAUAUGAUAAUGAGCCGGAUGUGUUAAGAGCUGUGUUAUCCUGCGGUCACGUCACAGAUCCAGAGACACUGACUGAUUGUUGCAGAGCUCAGAUGGAUGAUGGAAAGACCGAAUUCAAAUGUCCGCUGUGUGAGAAGAAAUGGCCAUAUGAUGAAGUGCGAAAACUGGCAAAACUUUCAGAUGAUGAGAAAUUAAUUUUUGAGGACAAGGUUGGGACAAACACUGUUAAGAAGUUAGUCGACUUCAGGGGUUGUCCUGGUUGUGGCACCUUCGUUGAAAGGUUGGAUGUUUCCAAUCUCUGUGUAAAAUGCUCAGUUUGCACAGAAAGGACCAGAAAAACCUAUCAUUUCUGCUGGCAGUGUCUGAGAGAGUGGAAAGGACCUGGACCUCGAGCUGAUCGAUGUGCUAAUGUGGGAUGUACAAUUGACCAGAAACUGCUUAAAGACUGUCCGAUGAUCACUUUAAAAUCAGUUCAAAAUGUGCAGUGUCCAGCGAUCCGUGCAUGCACAUCUUGUGGCAUUCUGCUUGAACACAAUAACAAGGGACAUAAAAUUAUAGAAUGUCAUGCAUGCAAUAACCGAUUUUGUUUUAUCUGUUUAAAGCCUGCAGAUGAGUGCAUAAAAACAACAACCCAUUACAUUGUAUGCACAGCUGGUGUUGCACCAAGACAGGUUGAUUAAGCAUAUGUGCAACAAAAUUGAUAUCAGCAAGAGUGCACAGAAAGCAUGGUCUCCCAUGCAUUAAAUUUGAAAACAUUUAAUUUAUGACAUGUUUAGCUAUUUGGAAAUAUAAACAAAUAUA